CGAGCCACAGCCGUGAUGCCGGACCAGGGCGAUGCGGACGCUGAUGCCGAUGUGGAAAUCCAUGCUGUGAGUGCAGUUACAGCCCUUGUCAGCGACGUCACGUUGAAGCGGCUAAACGAAGAGACUGAUAAGGAUCCCUAUUUACGCGCCGUAAUUCAGGCCGUUCGCAACGGUGAAAAAGUGGAAGGAGAGCUGAAACCUUUCACAGGCGAGCUGUCAAUUGUGAAAGGUGUUCUCCUGAAAGGUACAAAAGUGAUCGUGCCUGUGUCCAUGAGAAGCGAGAUGAUGGCACGAGUGCAUGAAGGCCACAUGGGCCUUAAUAAGUGUAAAGCAAGGGCAAGAAGAUUCAUUUUUUGGCCAAACAUUAACGCAGAUAUCACAGAAAUGAUCCAGAGGUGUGCUGUGUGCAAACGCUAUGCAUAUAAUCAGCCCGCCGAACCACUCAUCAUUAGACCUACACCGCAUUACCCAUGGUAUAGGGUCGGUGUCGACUUAUUCGAAUACGGUGGAAGGUCGUAUCUUUCAGUGUAUGACGCUCUUUCUAACUUUCCAGAAGUGGAGGAGCUGCGUGACACAUCGGCGACAACCGUCAUCGACAAGCUGGGGGCCAUAUUUGCGAGAUACGGUGCCGUAUGAGGUGUGUACAGACAACGGACCUCAGUUCAGAAGCCGAGACUUCUGCCGAUUUGCAAGCAGGUAUGACUUCAGACAUGUCACCUCAAGCCCGGAGUUCCCGAGGUCCAACGGACUUGCAGAGAAAGGUGUGCAGGUAGCUAAAAGAAUUUUGAAGAAAACGAAAGAAGCAAGAGAAGAUUUCUGGCUGGGGCUACUUAGCUACAGGUCAACCCCGUUAGAAGAUGGACGAUCACCUGGAGAACUACUGCAAGGAAGGCGAUUAAGAUCGACUCUUCCUGAUUUCAGCAACCAGCAGAGAACCCAAGUGUGGAAACAUGUUCAAAAGGAAUAUUCAAGACGGGUUCUACCACCACUGGAAAAGGGACAGACUGUUAGGCUGAAGAAAAAGUCUUGGUCACGGAAAGCGAAAGUGGUUAAGCAGGUGUAUCCAAGAUCAUAUGAAGUGUUGACAGAGGACAACAAAACACUCCGUCGCAACAGGCAACAUCUGCUUCCCACAGGUGAAGCUUUCAUCCAGGACGCACUGGAAGAUGACCACGGUACUGAGGAAUGCCAGCAAAGUACACACGCUGCUCCCGACCUGCCCGAGCAGAUUAACGCACCGCCUGUAAUGGCGACAGACCCCACUACAUCAUUACGAAGAUCUCGCCGCCAGGGCAGACCACCUCAACGUCUGCAGUACGACUCGAAUUUUCAACAGUUGUCUUGAACUCUUUACUUUUAAUACUGUGAGGACGUGCAUUACAUAGCUGCUGUUCUUAAAUGUGUACUUUCAAAAGGAGAGGGAUGUAUCGUGAUCUGAUAGUACGCUUACCAGCGCAAACCACGUCAUUAUUUCUACUCGGCACGAGCCGUGCCCUUUCUCUUUACUUUUCCCUCUUUGCUCUUGGCGUGUUUUUAUAAGCAAGCGCAAUAAAGGACACAAGCAGUUUUUCGCCCUUCACCAUGUCGGCCUGGUCGAUGCUUCGCACACGCCCAUAACGCACGGAACUUUA